AUGGAAGUGAAAGAGGAGAGUCAAGCUGAAGUGGAUGAGAAACAUCAGAUUGUAAAAAUACAUCAUAAUGUUUCACAGAAAGAAACUCUGAAGACAGAAGACAUAAAGUGUGAAAAUAGUUUCAGUGAAGAUGAACGCCCUGCAGAUCACAAGAGGACUCACAGUGAGGAGAAACUUUUAACAUGUCAACAGUUCAAUUCAAUUCAGUGUGGAAAGAGUUUCAGAAGAAAAGUUAACCUUAAAGCACACAUGAGGAUUCACACUGGAGAGAAACCACAUCUGUGCCAUCAUUGUGACAAGAGUUUCCCAGAUACAAGUAAACUUAAGAUACACAUUAGGACUCACACCGGAGAGAAACCGUACACGUGUCAUUUUUGUGGAAAGCGUUUCGGAAUAAAAACUAACCUUAAAGUACACACGAAAAUUCACACCGGAGAGAAACCACACGUGUGCCAUCAGUGUGGAAAGAGUUUUACAACUGCAUGUAACCUUAAGAAACAUUUGAUAAUUCACACUGGAGAGAAACCUUACACUUGUCAACUAUGUGGAAAGAGUUUCGGAACUAAACAUAACCUUAAAACACACAUGAGGAUUCACACUGGAGAGAAACCACAUCCAUGCCAUCACUGUAGAAAGACUUUUAUAACUGCAUGUAAACUAAAGAUACACAUGAGGACUCACACUGGAGAGAAACCUUACACUUGUCAACAGUGUGGAAAGAGUUUUGGAACAAAACCUAGCCUUAAAGCACACAUGAGGAUUCACACAGGAGAGAAACCACAUCCGUGCCAUCACUGUGAAAAGAGUUUUAUAACUACAUCUAAACUUAAGAUACACAUGAGGUCUCACACUGGAGAGAAACCUUACACUUGUCAUCUGUGUGGAAAGAGUUUCUCUGUUGAAAGAAACCUUAAAAUACAUGCAAGAAUUCACACUGGAGAGAAACCUUUCACAUGCCAUGAGUGUGAAAAAUGUUUCAGAAGUAAGAGUACCCUUAUAACACACAUGAAAAUUCACAAAGGAGAGAAACCAUGCGUGUGUUUUCAGUGUGGAAAGUGUUUCAGUACGGAGUGUCAUCUUAAGAGACACAUGAAAACUCACAGUGAAAAGAAAUCUCACGCCAGUAUGAAAAGAGUUUCAGAGAUAAACGUGGUCUUGGCCUUGACUACCACAGAAGCCACACUUGCAUUUGACCCCAAGGACUACAUCAAGUCAAAGGUGUCUGAAAGAGUGAGGAACAUGGAUACAUGGCAAUCUCAAAUGUGUUUUGUCAUUCUGAUUUAUCAAUCUGAACUAUUUACUGUCUUCAUUUUAGAUAUGAUGGAAGUGAAAGAGGAGAGUCAAGCUGAAGUGGAUGAGAAACAUCAGAUUGUAAAAAUAAACCAUAAUGUUUCACAGAAAGAAACUGUGAAGACAGAAGACAUAAAGUGUGAAAAUAGUUUCAGUGAAGAUGAACGCCCUGCAGAUCACAAGAGGACUCACAGUGAGAAGAAACCUUUCACAUGUCAACAGUGUGGAAAGAGUUUCGGAACAAAAGUUUACCUUAAAAAACACAUAAGGACUCACAGUGAGGAGAAACCUUUCACAUGUCAACUGUGUGGAAAGAGUUUCAGAACAAAAGUUAGCCUUAACUUACAUGUAAGGAUUCACACCGGAGAAAAAACACAUGCAUGCCAUCACUGUGAAAAGAGUUUUACAACUGUCAGUGACCUUAACAAACAUUUGAGGAUUCACACUGGAGAGAAACCUUACACUUGUCAACAGUGUGGAAAGAGUUUUACCCGUAAAUAUACCCUUAACCGGCACAUGACAGCUCACAGGGGGGAAAAGCCACACGCAUGCCAGCGUUGUGACAAGCGUUUCUCAUUUAAAAAUCUACUUAAGGAACACAUGAUAUCUCACAGUGAAAAGAAACCUCAUGCAUGUCUUCAGUGUGAAAAGAGUUUCAGAGAUAAACGUGGACUUGAGACUCACAUGAGAAGUCACACUGGAGAGAAACCUUACAUAUGCUCUCAGUGUGAAAAGAGUUUUGCAAGCAAAUGCACUCUUAGAUCACACAUGACCGUUCACACUGAAGUAAAACCGUUCACUUGUCAUCACUGUGGAAAGAGUUUCAGAACAAAAGCUCACCUUAAAAUACAUGUAAGGAUUCACACUGGAGAGAAACCAUAUGUGUGUCAACAGUGUGGAAUGAGCUUCACAUUUCAAGCAAGCUUUUACCAUCACGUAAGAACUCACAAUGGGGAAAAGCCACAUGCGUGCCAUCAUUGUGAAAAAAGUUUUGUAUAUAAAAAUCAACUUGAGAUACACAUGAGGUCUCACACUGGAGAGCAACCACAUGUGUGCCAUCAGUGUGGGAAGAGUUUAACAACUGCAACUGCCCUUAAGAUACAUUUGAGAAUUCACACCGGAGAGAAACCUUACACGUGCCAUCAGUGUGGCAAGAGUUUCACAGAAAAAAGUAAACUUAAGAUGCACAUGAUGAUUCACACUGGAGAGAAACCAUACACUUGUCAACAAUGUGGUAAGAGUUAUACAACUGCAGGUAAGCUUAACAAACAUUUGAGAACCCACACCGGAGAGAAACCUUACACGUGCCAUCACUGUGACAAGCGUUUCCCAGAUACAAGUCAACUUAAGCAACACAUGAUGAUUCACACUGGAGAGAAACCACAUGUGUGCCAUCAGUGUGGGAAGAGUUUUAUAACUGCAGGUGUCCUUAAAAUACAUUUGAGAAUUCACACCGGAGAGAAACCACAUGUGUGCCAUCAGUGUGGAAAGGGUUUUACAACUACAACUGCCCUUAAGAUACAUUUGAGAAAUCACACCGGAGAGAAACCAUUCACGUUUCAUGAGAAAUCAUUACCUUAAUGAACACCUAAGAAUUCACAAUGUCUGUACUUGCGUUCUUGUGAAACGUCAUCAGUCGCGGCCCAAGUACUGUUCCAAUUCCAAGUUCACAUAACAUCUCAGGAUGUGUUCUUGAUCUGCUCAUUUGUUUGAGGAUGCUUCAGAAUGUGACUUGUGCGGACUAACCACAGCCAAGUUUCCCAAAAUGCAUUUCACAUCAACGGCAGUGGAGCUUAAAGUCUGCACAAUAUUCGAAAUAUUACUCUUUCUGUGUCAUAAAAUGUAGUCUUUUAGUCGAGAAUGUAGAUGAAUAAACUUCAAAUCUGUGGUCAGUUAGUAAAGAUUAAAAUUUUCUCUGAUGAUUUUGAAUAUGUGAGUUCAAGUUGAUCAGAACCGUGUACACCGCCAAGCGCAGCCUUAUUUUGGCAAGUCCUUCUGUAAUUUCCCGCUGGCUCAGUGCAGCUGCUCUGCCCUUCAGUGUCUGAUGGUCAAACAUGAAAUAUUCCCUUUGGAUAUAUCUAACUGGCAUUUUUCUGUCUCUUUAUUAUUCAUAUGAAAUCUGUUAUUUGUUAUUAUCGUUUUAACUGAUGUUAAAGUUACAUUGAUGUUAAAGCUAUAUAAUCUUAACACUGAAUCACUGCCUUUGUACUUUAACUAGAUUUUUUUUCUUGUGUUUACUUCAUGUUGUACAAAACUUUUGUACUUUUUUAAUAAAUGGUUGUGUUUUACAUCAUAUAUUUCAUUUUGUAAUAAAUGCAUUAAUCAGACUGUGUGUUAAUCUUCAUUAUAAUGUGGAUCUACCGUGUGAAAUUGAGUAUUAGCAUUACUUUUUGUAUAGAUAACAUUGAAUUUUCAGUAAUGAAUAAUUGACAAGAGGCCGUUCAAUUUGUCGAAAAUAAUGCACACACAAGGUGGUAAUGCAUUCUCCCAACAUUACGCUUACAUUCCCUUAACAUUCUCAUAACAUUUUGAUAUUGCUCCCCUAACCUUUUUAUUGUGAUAUGCCUGAAUGCAAAUAAUCUAAAUAAUUAUGUGUUAAAAAGUGUUUAUUAUUCA